AGUACUACUUGUUUAGUUUCCGUUCACUCUUUAGCUCACCGUUUUGAGCUCAUUCAUUCGUCAAUGGCAGCAGCAACUCACAGACUCGCUUUGAUCAUCCAAAAUCCUUCAAACCAUAGCGAAUUUCUUCUCGUCAAGCAGUCCCCUCCUUCCAAAUUCAACGAUGAAGAAUACGACUCUUUCGUUGACUCCGAUCUCUGGGACUUGCCUUCAGUGCACUUGAACCCACUCCAAUCACAAUCGGAACCACCAUUUGAGCUAGACAUUUCGUCCUUACAUUCCGACGAGUUCAAUUUCAGCGAAUUCGAUAUCCGUUCUGCUCUCCACGAGGUGUUUGGACAAUUAGGGUUUGAGAUGGUUGAAAUAGGAGAAUGGAAGUUUCAUAUGUAUGUUAAGGAAGCUGCGUUCGGUCCUGGUUUGCCUGUUAACACUGUUUUCAUUGUUGGGAAGCUAGUUGAUGAGACCAAGGAAUUUUCAGAUUCAUAUCAAUGGAUGUCCAUUCAAAGCUGUCUUAACUGGCUUGUGGAAGUGAUUCCACAUGGUGAUCGUGUUGGACCGUUGGCAGUUGCUGGUCUUGUAAAUGACUCGUCUGCCUCUGCAAACUGGAAAGUCCCUCCAGCCAUCAACUACCAGGAGUACCCGACUGGUGUUAUACUUAUUCCUAUGGGAAGUAGGACAGCAAAACCUUUUUCUACAACAAACUUGGUGGUGUUUGCACCUGAGAAUGUUCCAAAUGCUUCCGAGGAUAAUAAACUUAUUGCUUGUGGAGAUGCCCUAAUAGUUGAUCCAGGAUGUCUGUCAGAAUUCCAUGGAGAGCUAAAGAAAGUUGUUACUGCUUUGCCAAGAAGACUAGUGGUCUUUGUCACCCAUCAUCACCGAGACCAUGUAGAUGGUCUCUCAGUUAUACAAAAGUGCAAUCCUGAUGCUAUUUUGCUUGCGCAUGAGAAUACCAUGCGACGCAUAAGUAAAGAUGAUUGGUCACUCGGCUAUACCUCAGUUACCGGAGAUGAAGACAUAUACGUUGGUGGUCAGAAAUUGAAAGUUAUUUUUGCACCGGGACAUACAGAUGGCCAUAUGGCAUUGCUUCAUGUGAAUACACAUUCCUUAAUUGUAGGUGAUCAUUGUGUCGGUCAGGGGAGUGCUGUCUUGGACAUAACUUCUGGUGGAAAUAUGUCUGAAUACUUCAAAACCACAUACAAAUUUCUGGAGCUUUCACCACAUGCUUUGAUACCUAUGCAUGGGAGAGUUAAUGUCUGGCCAAAGCAGAUGUUGUGCGGAUAUCUAAAGAAUCGUAGGAGUAGAGAAGCUAAUAUCUUAAAAGCUAUUGAAGGUGGAGCUAAAACAUUGUUUGACAUUGUUGCAUAUGUAUAUUCUGAUGUUGACCGGCGUGCUUGGAUUUCUGCAUCAUCAAAUGUGAGGCUCCAUGUGGAUCAUCUGGCCCAGCAACAUAAAUUACCAAAGGAUUUCUCUCUAGAAACUUUCAAUUCCAGUUUGGUUGACAGCUUGCGUAAAUUAUAGAUGUGUACAGCAGCACUGGCUGGCUCACUGACUACCCCCUUCAAAUGACAUUUUAUAUAAGAAAAUUUGCAGCUCUAUCCUCAAAGUCCAUUGUUUGCACUGAAAUGGUCCUGUAUAACAGGAACUGCAUGCAAUAGUUGUGUAAAGUAUAUAGCUUGUAGAGAGGAAUUGCUUGUGAGAUUAUAUGUUAUCUUGUCGAAACUGACUGAACAUGCUACAUCUACCUUAGGAUUUUUCAAUCCAGAAUUUCAAAAAGACUUGUGGGCUGCAUUUUCUAUCGCGAUGGAUAUGGGCUUACACUAGUUGCAGCUUACGUCCAAGGAAAUCUUCAUUUCUUAUCGCUGGUGUUUUGGUUGGCAUUGCUGUAUUGGUGCAUUAUACGCCCAAAACCAAAUUCAGGAAAUAGACAUGUUGCCUAUCUGAGUAAUGGAGCUUUAUGUAACAUGAUAUGAUGUUACCGGAAGUGUACUUAGAAUCUUUAGAGGUGCUUGAACUGUUUCUUAACGAGUUUGUUAUUAAUAUACUUAAAAAUAGUUUUAAUAUGACUA